UGUCGUAUUAAAGUUCUAAAUAUCCGAAUGGCACCAAACAGUAUAUUCCGGCCAAACCUUUUCAAACAUAAAGUAGCAAUUGUUACCGGUGGUGCUACUGGACUAGGUUUAGCAAUCACAACGGAACUAUUGCAUUUAGGCUGCAAAGUAAUAAUAGCUUCACGGAAAAGAGAUCGCCUUGAAGCGCAAGUUCAGAGACUCCAGCAAAAUUUGCUACCAACAAAUUCUGAUCAUAUCAGUUCAAUUGUGUGUAACAUACGGAAAGAAGAAGAGGUACAAAACUUAAUCUCUUCCACACUAUCCAAGUAUGGUCAGCUUGAUUUUCUUGUUAAUAAUGGUGGAGGACAGUUCCCAAGUCGAUCAGAGAAUAUUAGACUAAAAGGAUGGAAUGCUGUAUUGGACACUAACCUAACAGGAACUUUCUUGUGCUGUAAAGAAGCUUACAACCAGUAUAUGGAGCAGCAUGGUGGAUCAAUAGUCAACAUCAUUGCUGAUAUGUGGAAGGGUUUUCCUAUGAUGAGCCACACUGGUGCUGCUCGAGCUGGUGUUGAUAAUCUGACUAAGUCUUUAUCAAUUGAAUGGGCUGAGAGUGGUGUUCGUGUCAAUGCUGUAGCACCUGGAUUAAUUUAUUCCAAGACUGCUGCUGCUAACUAUGGUGAUCUUGAUGUAUUCAGUAUGUCGAAACCCUUAAUCCCAGCCAAAAGACUUGGUCAACCUGAAGAGAUUUCAGCAGCUGUUUGCUUUUUGCUUUCACCUGCUGCCUCCUACAUCACUGGCACAACAAUAAAAGUUGAUGGUGCUUCAAGUUUAUACAGCACUCUCUAUGAUGUACCAGAUCAUAAAAAUUGGCCAGAAUAUUCCUGUGGUUCUGAAGCAGACACUGAUGAAGACAGUUCCCCCAAAAGCAAAUUAUAAUAAUGUGCUGAAGAAAAUGGAAGAAUACAUAAAAGUGAUUUAUUUUUUAAUAUAAGAUAUUGAACCAACAAAUUAUUGCACUUAAUUAAAAUAAUGCAAAUAUAAUUGUUAUAUUUAUAUCUAUUUUGCCAUAUUUAGAAUAGCUUUUUGAAAUGAAAAGGGGCUAAAGAUUUUAAUCAUUUAAGAUUAUAAGUCAACUAAGAAGACUGAAGCAAGGGAGGCUCAGAAACUAAAUGUGAGAAUGCAGUCUACAGGAGAAUUUUAAAAGAUUUAAUAGCAAUGUAGAAGCAUGUGUUUUCAGUCAGCUUGCAAGACAUGGAAGGAGACAUUGGAUUUAUGUAGUCCCUAAUGUACUUAGACAAGAUAGUCAUGACUUUUUUUGAUCAUAGUCAGUAUGGAUCUGGGGUGAAACAGCCUCACUUUAAAAUUAUUUUACGUCACCUUACUGUACACUGGAUUAAGUGAAGCCAGUGCUUUGCAGAAGAGGUCUAAUAAGAACAAAACAUAUCCAGAGUGAUCUCUCUUGUUUGUUGAAUUGAUUAAAAUAUCCCCUCUAGAUUGUAGACUGAUGUUGUCUCUUCUUUUUCUACAUUAAAUAUGUUAACACUUACUUGACUAAUAUCAUUGUCAAAUAAUCAGGUUGCUGAAAUAAAAGUACUUUGAAGGUA